ACAUGCAGACAAUGGUCCUAAACACCAAAAUUCUUGGGGCUUGUAUUUUAAUGGGGGACAAAAAGGAGGACAUGGCGUCUGGCGGAAAAGACGUGUGCGAUGGAAUCGAUCUCAAAUGGAUGUAUGACUCGGAUGAUUCUGACGACAAUGAAUGGAAGCGGAGAAAUUCUAAGUUAUUCCGUCGAGUUCGACAGUCGGGCUCUAUAGCUGUAGAUUCACCAGUACAUGGCUCUGCUCCUGUCAAGGACCUCAGUCAUGAGGUGUCGUUUCGUGGACGACUACGUAAGGUCAUUGUUCGGAAUUCUAAAGCCAGAUUGAUAGGUACAAUAUUCGACAUUACAAUUAAGUCUUUGAUGUGCUGUCUCUACUUCCUCCGAGUUCAACUAGAUGACCACACAACAUAUCAUUGUGGAGGUGAGGCAUGCUUGAACAAUACCCUACCUGAUGUCAACCCUACUAAUCAGGACGACGGUAUGGUUCACUCCUCUGCAGCCAUCAACUGGCAUGUGUUGCUGUGGGUAUACCGCCCCCUACCCUUAUGGAUUGUACAGGUUGUACUCUCCUUGGCCAGUUUUGUAAAGGCUUUGAUAUUUAUUUUUAUUGCAAAGGGAAACCAGUCUAGGUUUGACACCAUGCUUCAGUCUAACUUUAUCCUCGAGUUUAUCUGCUCAGCACCAUUCAUUUUCACGGCAUGCUACCCUAUGCUGUUUAGAAAUUUAUUUGUGCCGUCAUUCCUCAACUGUUGGCUGGCUAGAUUUGCACUUGAAAAACUGUUUAAUGAUCUUCACAUCACCAAACAGAGGUUCCAAGAAAUCUCGGUGACCUUGUCGCAACAGCUCUUCAUUCUUAUAAUCACGCUCUUUUGUCUCAUCUUUACUACGGUGUGUGGUGUGCAGCACAUACAGAGAUCCAGUCUAGAAUCUCCUCUUACCAUGUUUGAGUCGUUUUACUUCACUAUUGUCACUUUUUCCACGGUUGGGUAUGGAGACAUCUCCCCAGAUAUCUGGCUCGGCCAGGUGUUUAUGGUCUUAAUGAUUUGUAUAGCCUUCGCAUUUAUCCCACGACAGGUGGAAGUGAUUGGAUCCAUCUGGAUGGAAAGACAGAGAGCAGGGGGCGUGUACAGUCGACGUGCGGCUUCCGCCAACAAACAUGUGAUCGUAUGCUGUCAACAGUUCUCAUCUGAGGUCGUCAUGGAUUUCCUUACUGAAUUCUUUGCUCAUCCCAAACUUGAGGAGCAUACUGUGAUAUUGCUGGGGUCCGAUGAGCUAGGCAGCAGUAUGCAGGUCAUCAUACGUGACCCCAAAUGGGCCAACAGAGUCAUUUAUAUCAGGGGCUCAGCUCUCAAGGACAUCGACCUCAAACGGUGCAGAAUCAGCCAAGCAGAGGCAUGCUUUAUAUUACCACCUUCAAACUGUACAGAUAAAGAUCAAGCAGAUAAACAUACUAUUUUACGUUCCUGGGCUGUGAAGGAUUUUGCUCCAAAGUGCCAGCAGUACGUUCAACUAUUCAGGGUGGAGAAUAAGAUGCAUGUGCGAUUUGCAGAACAUGUGGUCUGUGAGGAUGAGUUUAAAUAUGCAUUAUUGGCCAACAACUGUCUUUACCCAGGUCUGUCUACACUGGUGUCUCUACUGAUGCAUACAUCCACUGGAUAUGAAGGUUCCCUAGCAAAAGAGACCUGGCAGCAGAUCUAUGGUCAACACUCUGGGAAUGAGAUCUACCACAUACAGCUGGGUAAAAGUAUCUUCUUUAGUCAGUACGAAGGCAGGAAGUUCAUAGAGGCAUCGGCGGAUGCUCAUAAACGUUAUGGUGUAACAUUGCUGGGGAUUUUACAGUUAUGUGGAGAGUGUUGUUACUUUUACAGGCAUGCACUGUGUGACCAACAGACUCUGAUGGCAUCAGAGCUUCAGAAGUUUAUAGAAACUCAUGGUGAUGAUGAGGAAUCGGAUGGUGAAGAGAGCGUGUUCAACACACUGAACUCUCAGGCUGGCUUUGAGCUUAAAAAGCAGCUUCUCUUAGACGUGCCAGGAGAGCCAGCCACUGAUAAUGCCAAACUCCUCAGCCAUAACCCUGAUGUCACAGAUGCAGCUGCAAAUGCCAAAUAUCAGCAAAUCAUGGAGGACAUUGGACAGAAUGAAGUAAUUACGGGUACCCCACCUGUAACGCUAUACGCUGGCACAAAAAACACACGUUGCUACCUUCUUAAAAAUGAUCGACCACUCUGCUGCCUUAGAUGGGGAGAGGAUUGUGAGCACUGUAAUUUCAAGAACGCCAAUGAACAGCGAUGGCAGGGGCGCCUCGUCAUCUUGUCUACAGAGCGACCACAUUCUGGUAUCUACAACUUCAUUGUACCUCUGAGGUCACAAUUCAUCAAUUUAGCCUCCCUCAGUCCUUUAAUCCUUCUGUUGGAGAUCGAACCAGACAGCCUUUUUCUGGAAACUAUAGCCAAAUUCCCAAUGGUGUACUGGAUGAAAGGUUCUCUCAAUGUGGAUGAUCUUCUCACGGCCGGAGUUCAAAAGUCCAGUCAUCUUGUGGUCACUAAUCGUGAGUGUAAAGAUACGGUAGAGACAGAGAACGUCUUGGUAGACUCGGAGACAAUUGUCGCCGUGCAAACUGUCUACAAGCUUUUCCCAAAUGCAAAUAUCAUCACAGAACUUAACAAAGCAUCUAACAUGCGGUUCAUGCAAUUUCAGGCUCAUGAUCAUUACGCUCAGGAAAUCUCAAAACUCGAGAAGAAACUAAAGGAACACAUGAGAACAACCUUGACUCAUAUUUUCCGUCUACCCUUUGCUGCGGGUCGUGUAUUCAGUGGAAGUAUGUUGGACACACUUCUCUACCAGACAUUUGUAAAAGGAUAUUUGAUCAAGUUUGUUCGGCUGUUACUUGGGAUUGAUGCUGAAAGGAAUUCUGGUCAUCUGUCUAGUAUCAAAAUUAAGCGUCCUAUUCUUGCUAAGUAUAGGACCUAUGGAGAUUUGUACCAAGGCUUGUGUACCAUGACAGGGGAAGUCCCUAUUGCUAUUUAUAGGACUGAGAAAAGAAAGCACACAGAUGACCAAGAGGAUGGUAGUGCACAGAAUAACAACGGAUCACCAGAAGAAGAGGGUCUUACACGCAGAGCAUCGGCCACUAAAAAAAUAUCCCUCAACAUCCAACAAUUCUACGAAAAGUCGGAAAAGGAGGACAUUUCUGAUCUGAUUAGAAACAGAAUGAAAUCCCUGGAGAUGGAUACGCUAAGUUUCUGUGAGCAUGAUGAAUCAAAUACUCCAGUAUCGUAUGUGAUCCUAAAUCCUCACCCACAGAGAAAGCUGAGGAAGGGUGAUUUGGUGUAUGUGAUACAACCAAGCUCUAUGUUUGCCAUUCCCACCAAAGUGAACAAAACAAAAGGUCGGAAAAGAGCCUGGUCAUGCAAGGCCUCCAGUGCAGAGGAGCUUAACAAACAAACAGAGUAUCGGUCACGAAGCCAAUCAGCUGAUCAGGGAUUAGGAUCAGCUUUGGGAUCAGGCCUAGUGGCUAACCUACGUGAUAGUUUAGGGGAUGGACAGGGUGUUGGAUUAGGGUUAGGGUCAGAGUUGAAGUCAGAUAUUUAUCCAGCGUCGGACAGUGGAGUAGAUAAUCUCAAUGUCAAUGCUGUUCCACAGAUUGUGGUGACCACAGCCAAGACGGGUAAAGUGUUCACAACGGAACGGACACCUGAUUUAGAACUGCUUUAAUCAAGCAAAAACUGAUGAUGAUCCUGAUUGGUUCACAGAUAUUUUUACUUCUGUCUGUAGCAGACUAAUUCUAGAUCUGACAACAUUAUAAAACAAAUCAGGAGAGAGAAGUGGUGUGUAUAAUUGUAGUAACAUUUGCUCUCAUUAGUGAGUUUUAUAAUACAGCAUUAUGAGUUUUAUAAAGGUUGACACAAAGCACUUCAGUAUCACAUGAUCUGAGAAAUUACAAAUGAGAUUAAUUAUGUAUGGCAUAUGACUUCUGGAGAUUUUAGUUUCUCUGAUCAGCUUAAUUGAAUGUCAGUUUCUCUGGUCAGUUUAAAUGAAUGUUAGUUUCUCUCAUCAGUUUAAAUGAAUGUUAGUUUUUCUGGUCAGUUUAAAUGAAUUUCAAUUCUCUGGUCAGUUAAAAUGAAUGUUAGUUUCUCUCAUCAGUUUAAAUGAAUGUCAGCUUACCUGGUCACUUUCAAUGAAUGUUGGUUUCUGUUGUGUUAGAAGCAAAUCUUUAUGAAAGUGACAUAAUGUAAUACAAUGGCCUAAUACACAUCAUUGAUCAAAUGGUUGCAAGUCCAAAGAAACCAAAUUUAAAUACAGAUUUAAUAUGAUUCCUUUGGUUGGUAGAAAAUAUUUUCAUAUAUUUUAAUGCAUUUUACUAAGAAAAUAUUUUGUUGAUAGAAUAUUUUGAUAUUGUCAUAUGAACUUAGGACAAAUGAACUUAGGACAAGGUGUU